AUGAGACAACAAUGCACAUUUGAAACAAUAAAAAGUCAUCAAGAAUAUCUCGAAAAUAUGUAUAACACAUUAGACAACGAGAGAGAAGACAAAUUACAUUCAUUAUUUGCUCAACAUUUAGGAGUAACAAUAGUUAGUUUCAUAAAAAAUAUUCUUGAAAAAUCACUUGAAAGUAAGAAGAAUAAUAAUCGCAAUAGAUUAGACAAUCUCUUACUAGAUCAUAUGAGAGAAAAAGCUACACGACAAAUUAAAAAUAGUGCUACACCAAAAGAGCACCAAUACAUAGAACUUUUACAUGAGAAAUUUAUGCGAACAUUAGAUCUGGAAUUACAACUAGAGAAAUUAGAGAGAAGAUUUUUGGAGAAUAUGCCACCACUAUCUCUCAACAUGUUUGACAAAAUAGAAUUAGAUGCGAAAGGACUCAAGUCAGACAGUGUUUAUUUAAGUUCACUUCGAGAAGAAUGGAAAAAUGUAUUGAGAAAAACGAAAUUAGAUCUAACAUCAUUGAUGAGACAAGCAAACAAAGAAUAUGUAGAACUGAUAAAAAAUGUUUCUAUUUCCCUUCGGGAACCGUACGAAACUUAA